AGCUGCAGACGCGCAAGAUCCAACAACAACAACACCACCACCGCUGUGCCAGGUCGCGAAAUCUCUUCAGUGGCCAAGUGAACAAGCCCCUUGCCACCAGAAUCUCAACCACCAGAAUCCCCCUCGCGCCGCCCAAGAAGAUCGAUCAGAUACCUUCUCUUGGGGUAUAUAAUAAACUUAAUUAUAAUACCUUCGUCGCUAACGUCACUAGGCAACUUGGCACGAUUGUCAUAUUUCAUCGAACGAUUGCUCUCGAGCACCGAUGCGGACCCGGUUCGAUCCUCCUUCCUGCUAUUCGAUUCUGCUUUCGAGCCCUCCCUCCCUCCUCCUCCUCCUCCUCCUCUUGGCACACGUGCCCGCUCGUCCUCCCCGUCCUCCCUCCCUCCUUCCUUCCUUCCUUCCUCCUCCUCCCUCCUCUUGGCACUUGUGCCCUCAAAUAAACCAACCCAUUGUACAACGGGCAGAGUUUUCCCAGGUUCCCAUCGAGGGCUUGGUCUUUUGCUAUUUUGCACCGCCGUUCCCUGGGACAAAGAAGAGCAUGCUAGAUCGAAAGGGUCCAGGAAGAAGGCGGCCCGGGACACAUGUGUGCUGUGCUUGCGUUGGGCAUGUGUUUUGUUCGCAGAAAGAUGCCAGCUUCUCUGGAAUUGGCGUAGCAGUUGCGAAAAACAAAUGAUCAGCGGCGGGAGGCGAUGCAAGGGAGACGAACAACAACACCAAGAGGAAAGUAGUAGUAGAGACCAUUAAGAGAGUAGUAGAGUGAGAUGUGAUGAUAUCUUGAGAGGCAUAAAUGCAGAAUAUAACAAGAAA